ACGAGUGGCGGAUAUUGGACAAGGACCGUUACAACUUUGGCAGCGGAAAUCGCUACUACAAGACGCAGCGGUGCAGGAACUGCCGGCAGCAGGGCCACCAAGCUCAAGCCUGUCCAAAGAAGAGGGCGCCGGUGUGCUACCUGUGCGGCGGAGGGCACGUCAUUCAGCGGUGCCGCCGCGUGUUCUGUAACAACUGCCUGGCGCCGAACCACACGCAGCGCACCUGCUCACGGCCGCGCAAGCACCGCCUGCUGUGUCGUCGCUGCUUCAUGAAGGGCCACGAGAUGCAGGACUGCCCUGAUCAGUGGCGCAUGUACCAUCGCACGACGGUGGCGGGUCCUGUGGAGGAGCGAGAGGACGGAGAACGUGCUAACGCGAACUCUUGGUGCUGCAACUGCGCAACCAGCGGUCACUUCGUAUUUGAAUGCUUUAUGUCACUCAUGGACAAAGGCCUGAUGAGAACCACUCAGUUCGUCAAAAGCUACGAGGAAACUCGCGGGCAGAAGAGAAAACUAGGUACGGCGGAGACGACGUCUGGCGAUGGACCGCCCGCAAAGAGAGGAAGGAGGGAGGAACGUGAAGAAGGUGUGAGAAGGAGAGAGGAACCUAAAGAAGGCGUGAGGAGGCGUGAGGAGGAGGUCAUGAGAAGGAGGGAGGAGGCGGAGCGAACGCGGUCGUCGGCGGCGACGGAGCGACAACAACUCCUCGUCAGCGUAGUCCCGGGAACGUCGUCGCGCCUCGUGGAAGCGGCCAAGCGGUCGCCGGCGAAGACCGCGAGAGAACGCGCCGUGGGAGACUCUUUAACGUCGGACGACCCGGGGAGAGGGUCGAAGCGCGGGAGGUCGGAGAAACAGGAGGAGAAGGUAGGCGGCGGCGGCGUCGCGCGUUCGCCGAAGAAAGGGAAGAGAGAGCAGUGCAAGCGUGCGAGGCUCGCUGAUGGCGCGACGGAAGGAUGCGAGACGGCGAAGGCGAACCCGCCAGGGGGCGCCGGCGGAGGCGACACCGCUCGAGACGCAUCUACGAGUCAGACGCUGGGUCUCAAAAUUGCUUGCAUAAAUUUGACAGAUUGCGUCAAGGCGGCGUCGGCCGCCGACCGAACAAGCAAGGUGAGAGCUGCUUCAGCGAGCAUGCCAGAACGGGUCAAAACCGCGUCCACGAGCAACAUGGACGGCGUGGACACUAAAGAUGCGAAGAAAAAAGCAGACGACGUCAGGACGAAAGCGAAAGACAGUGCAGACGCGGUUAAACCUACAGCUAAAGGAAAAACAGACAGUGCCAAGAAUAAAUCUAAGGUGAAAGCAGAUGAUGUCGUAACAAAAAUCGAGGGAAGUGUAGAGGAAGUCGAAACCAAAUUCAAGGAAAAAGCGGAUUUCAACAACGCUAAAAACGUGAGCCGAUCCAAAGAUGUAAACACCUCGUCUGCAAAGUGCGCAGGCAGUGCAGACACAUCAUCCACGCAAACGGUGAACGUUAAAAGCAGAACCACGCACAAAGACAACGGCGAUGUCGGAAUAGUGACGACGAACAACGGGGACAACGUCAAACCUUCGUCCACGAGAAAAGUCGACGACGACGUCGGAACGUCGUCCGCGAAAAACGACGAGGACGCGGAGGCCGCGAAGCCCUCCGACGCGCAGCAGCCGGCGGACGACGUUCCGAAUCUCCUCGCGCAGAUCCGACGGGAGACGACGCACCUCUCCAGCAUGGUCGCCGACGCCGACGGCGCGGCGCGCUACAACGGACAGAUAACGACGCGCCUAGAGCUGCUCGCGAGACACGUGUCGCGGCUCGCGCCGUUGUACGCGAGCAACGAGGCGGAAACCGCCGCCGCGAUGCUAAACGGUGCCGGCAGCAAGUCGUCGGUGAGGCGCGCGCGCCGGGUGAGAUCGGCGACUCAUGUGCUCUCUCUCGUCCGCCAGCAGACGAUGCAUCUGUCCAACAUGGCGGCGGAGGCGGCGGAGGGCGGCGCGGCGCGGCGAGGCGGACAGAUGGCGAUGCGACUCGACCUCAUCGCCGAAUACGAGUCGUACCUCGAGAAGCUUAAUGCUUACUCUUACCUUCACUUGAAGGCGCGACAAAGAUGGAAAGACGAGAGGGCGGGCCGACCCCGGCGAUCCCUCGACGAGACGGCGGUCGAGGAGACGACGCCCCCCGCGCCCGCGCCAGAUCCGCGUCCCGACGACGACGGAGUCUCGACCGCCGGAGCACCGGUGGCGCCCUCUGGAGCGUCGGUGUCGGAUUCGACUGUCGCCGUCGUCGGCGCAAAGUCGAAGAAGAAGGCGAGUGCGUCGAUGAAACAAAUACAGGCGCGGCGGGAUAAAUGGCGUAAGGCCAAAAAGAAAGUGAAACUAAUCGCGUCUAAGCCCACGGUCGUCCAAAAUACUGGAAACCAAACGCCAAAGCUGAAUAAACGGCAAAAGGUCAAAAAGAAAGUGAAACCUGCCAUCACGGAAAAGGCCAAAAAGAAAGUGAAACCUAUUGCAUCACAUGGCGUGCCUUCUAAGCCCACGGGAGUCCAAACUACUGGAAAUCAAAAGCCAAAGCCGAAAAAACGGCAAAAGGCCAAAAAGAAAGUGAAACCUGCCGUCACGUUCGACGCGAGUUCUGAGCCAGCGGGACUCCCAACUACUGGACUUCGUGUGUGCAACGUGGUAGGGUUAGACUCGAACGAUAAUAGGGGAAGCGUCGAGGCGUUUCACGGAAGCAACGACCUUCCCCGCACGCCCUUGAACCGACGUUGGUACUUUUGAUGAGAAAGCGUCUGAACGUGAUGCUAUCAUGUACCCUCACGUUCAGCUUCAGGUUAUUUAAUUCACGCAAUGCAGAGAAGAGAAUGCGGUAUGUGGUUACGGGGACGUAAUGUGAGUGACAGCAUGUACAUCAGUGAUUGGUGGUAUGUGUAAUUCUGUAUUAUAGGAAUGAAAAUAAAUCACUUGAUUAACAACUAUA